GCCGGAACAAAAUUGCUCUGGUUUGCAGGUGCGCUGACUGCAACGGCAGGCUUUGGGUGUAGCACUUGGUAGUUCUUCCUCUGCUCUACUUCCCUUUGGUGGAAAACUUCAGGGCUGAACGUUUAGUAGGUGCUGGUUACGGCGACCUAAAUGGGUCUGCGCCUGAUCCCGUCACAUUGGCUCCCGAAAGGCCAUUGGUCUGCAGUAUGCUGUUUCCCAAUUCGCAGAAUCCAGGGCCACGCGGCUUCUUGUGCCUAGAUUCUUGGAGCUCAAGGACUGAGCCGCCGAGGCUGGACAGCUUGGGAAAGGGAACCCAAGCAGCAUUUUUCUGUGCUUCUGCUUUAUUCAUAACUUAGGGUUGCCACUGGAAAUUAGGAUUACUUUUCCUUUUUUAAUGAAGACAGAAAAUUGCCUUUCUAUUUUUGUAUUGCUUCAUUUUAUAAUGCAAACAUUCCAGAGUUGGCAGAAUAGUUGCCAUUUUAUUAAAAACUGAUUUGUUACCAUUUUGAUGGAGACCUACCGAAAGCUAUUUGUUCUACCCUUUUGGCCAAGAGGCAGUAAUGAGGACUGCCUACUACUUGUUAGGGACUAGUUCAGAGAAGAGACACGCUUCCAGCCUUCAGAGAUUUCUGGUGUCUCUGCAAGAGUGAUUCUAUGUUUUGCAUUUCAGAAGUGUUUUUCCCCCUUUAAUAAUUACAUACAUUGUCAGUUUAGAGAAAGAAAUCGCUUUUUAGCAUUCCUGUUGCAUGCAUGGUCAUUGUAAAAAGACAAAAAGAACUACCUGUCGGUGGAGGGGGAGAGGAAAAACUCCUUUUUUCAUAACCCCAGGGCCUCUAAAGAGAGCAAUCACUACACUUAUGGCUGGGAUUUUGCGCUUAGUUGCUCAGAGGCCCCCAGGCAGACUACAGGUGUUUCAGGCCUCACCUGAAGAUCAUGAAAAAUAUGGUGGGGAUCCACAGAACCCUCACAAACUGCAUAUUGUUACCAGAAUAAAAAGUACAAAAAGACGUCCAUAUUGGGAAAAAGAUGUAAUAAAGAUGCUUAAAUUAGAAAAAGCACAUACCCCUCAGGUUCACAAGAAUAUCCCUUCAGUGAAUGCAAAAUUGAAAGUGGUUAAGCAUUUGAUAAGAAUCAAGCCCUUGAAGUUGCCACAAGGACUUCCAACAGAGGAGAACAUGUCUAACACGUGCCUCAAAAGCACUGGGGAAUUAGUAGUGCAGUGGCAUCUGAAACCUGUGGAGCAGAAAGCAGAUGAGGCCUAGAGCAGCUUCGAAUUGUAAAAUCCAAAUUGUUUUUAUUUAAAGAUAGUGAGAAAGUGUUUUCAUUAAAAUAUGUUUUAAAAACCAUUUUCAGUGACUAAACCUGCUACAAUUCUUUUUUACUACAGACUUGGAGAUUUUAGUGUAAUUUGGUUUAAUUCUCUGUCCUUUCCCUUUCACUUUUUCACUCCAAAACUGGGAUUGUUUGAACAUCUAGCUUCAGGUCUACUGCCACCUUAGCAAGUGUCAUUAACUAUUUUAUAAAAAUUGUGGUGGUGCUGUUGUUUUUGAGACAGGGUCUUGCUCUGUCACCCAAACUGGAAUACAGUGUCAUGAUUUUAGUUCCCUGCAGCCUCGACCUCCCAAGCUCAAGUGAUCCUCCCACCUCAGCCUCCAGAGUAGCUGGGACUACAGGCAGUGUGCCACCACACCCAGAUAAUUUUUUUAAGUUUUUUUAUAGACAGGGACUCAUUGUGUUGCCCAAGCUGGUCUCAAACUCCUGGGUUCAAGCCAUCCUCCUGCCUCAGCCUCCCGAAGUGCUGGGAUUUCAGGCAUGAGCCACUGUACUCAGCCAAAAUUGUUUUUUUAAGUGAAUUCAACAAUUUCUGUGAGUGACUCUUUGUGUGAACACUGUGCUAUGUGUUGGAGAAAUGCAAAGCUGACCAAAACAUGGUCCCCACCUUUUGGAACUUAUAGUCUGUUCUGGGGAACAGAGAUUCAGCCAAAGUUGAGAAACACUGGAUGCCAGCUAGAUUAUCUGUUUUGUGCUUUAAUGUCUAUGUACUUGUAGAUACAUGUGAAUAUGGGUUCAUUUUAUCCCUAAAUUUAAUACUAAAACCAGCAUGUAUUUUCUAAUGCUAAAUCUAAUUUGGCCUGAACUUUAUUAUUGCACACUGCCUGAACAAAACAUAUUCAUCUCUAUGUAAAUUUUUUCCUCAUGGAACAAGGGUAUGAAAUGAAAAUAUAUUAGGAUUUAUUCAAAAACAGACUAUUCUGUUUUCAGCUUCAAAAUUAUUCUUUGAAUCCUAAGGAACCUCUGUCAACAGUUGAGGUUGCUAUUGAAAAGAAAAAAGAAGGAGGCAGAAAUCUCUCAGACAGAAUUAUUUUAUUUCCUUUUUUUGUUUAUUUCAGAUACCUGGAGGUGGGGGAGAAGUAAGAAUUUUAAGGGAGGUUUAAUAGUGGGAAAUCUUGUGACAGCUGAUUGAAGAAGAUGUUGAAAGUAGCUCUGCAUUCUAGUCACCCUUUGCUUUCCUUUGCCUCUUAAUAAAAUUUGGCUUGGCAACAAUGACAUUGUCAUGCUUAUUGUCCCAAUAUCCAUCCUGUCAUAGAUCUUAAUGGUUUUGAUCAUUGCAUUAAAAUGGAAGUAGCACUCGCAGUGAAACCAGAUCUAUUAAUAAAUAAGCUUAAAGGCAA